CUUGGAUUGACCGCUCCCCCGACCUAUCACUUGCCAGCUGGCGGGAAACCCCAAGGCAGCCAGCAAUUUCCCCAAGCACUAUUCAAACUCUCGAACUUUCUUUCUUUGUCCUGUUUCUGCUUUUCUUCCAUCCAUCGCGCUGCUCCUGCCCUCAAUCUCAUUGGUUGCGUGCAGUAGCGGCUCCCGCGCUCGACCCUCUCACCUCACACCUAGUACACCGCGAGAUGUCUGGCCAGCCCCAAGUCCCCAGCAUUUCAACAAGUGUUGGCAAUCGCGCCUUCACUGACAGCCUGCGUACUCGAACCUCAUCUGCAUACUCGCCCGCGCUCAGCAAUCCGAUGAGCUCGCGCGCUGGCAAGCGCCCACUGGAGCCUCAAGCUCGCGGCGAGAGUCCUCCAGACAAGCGAAGUCGUCCGCCAGACAAGCGGUCGGCGUUACAAGAUAGGCCGCGUCAGAAUGUGCGAGUUCUAUCACCCAGUAAUUUUAGCAGUGGAGCAUCGACGCCUACACAUCAUGCCCCUCCUAUGCCUUCGAUGCUGCCAACACCAGAUCCAGGUGUGCUUCAACAACAGGAUGUAACUAGUGCCACCACAAGCAAUACUCCAUUUACCAUGAAAUCUCUACGCAAGUUGAAAGAGAGGAAGAGAGCUAUUGCCCAACAGACCACUAUUACUGUCAGCACGUCCGUCGACGUUAAGCUCAAUACUCAGGCACUGGACAUUGCAAACCUUAAGAAGGAGCGUGAUGAUAUCAAGAAGGAGCUACUUGAAAUCAACAAGGCGCGAGAGGAGGAGCACGAUGGUAUUGUGCGCAGGCUGGUACAGGUGGAGGCUUUGUCUACACGCGUUGAUAGCUUCACGAACAAAACAGAGACUCUUAACAUUGUAAAAGCAGUCGCCAGGCCUUUAGCAGCGCGAUUAGAAGCUCUAGAGCGUUCGGCUGCCGACCUUCCAAACUUACAACAGGAGUUACAGGACCUAAACGACGAAAUCAAGGAUGUGAACAGCCGGCUUUCCGAACGCAUCACCAGCCACCAGGACUUGAUUCUCAAAUUCCAGGCUUUCAAGGAGACCGUGGAGAAGCAGACAUUCUCCGAUCAACUCAAGACUUUAAGCGACAAGAUUACAGAAAUUGAGGGAAACGUUGGCAGGACGUAUGCAAAGGCCAGCCGUCUGCAGAAGAAAUUUGAGGACCUAGAAGACGCUUUUACGCUGACUGGUGUCGAAAAACUGCGAGAGACGGUAGACAAGCUCAAAGACAGACUGGAUAAAUACCGUAACGAGGCCGGUGAAGACAGGGAGGAAGCGGCGGCUAUGCACAAGAAGCUGAAAGAUACGCAAGAGGAUCUCAGCACCCUCCAGAAGGAUUUCGACGAUCUUUCGGAUGACAUUAACACGUACAUUGGACCUAUCAAGAACGACCACAAGAAGACAAACCUCGCCCUGUCGCAAAGGGUCGCGAACUUGCAGAGCAAUGUUACCCAAGCUGAGUUGGGAAGGCUCCCUACUCGCCUCAGCGAGCUGGAAAACAAUGCACGUCUUACAGAGAAGCUUCCGGGUCGCGUCGAUGAACUAGAAAAUGCUGCUUGGGGCCCUCACUUUAAGAAAGUCGGGAUAAUUGUUGCGCCUUCUUCUCCUGCUGCAAUCACUCCACCUGUGACCAAUGCAGACACAGAUGUCUCGCUGCUCAAGAAAUCACUGCAAGAGCUUCGCAAAGUUGUAGAAGGCACCAGUGGCCUGACGAACCAGGCUCAGACAAUCUUCGAGCGACUGAACAACAUGGAAGCCACUCUGGCUAACGCUCGGCCGCUCGACAGCAUGGAGCAGAGUGUGGAGACGAUGGACACGACGAUGGACAAGACCUCAGUCAAGACGCUGGAAAAGGCAGCGGAACCGAAGGUCAAAGCUUUGAUGACGACCGAACGCAAGGUUGUGGUAAGUAUUGUUGAGGAAGUGGAAACCCGACUCACUGGGGAGAUUCAAGCACUUCGCACACUGACGGAAACUCGCAUGGAAGAGAUACAAGCUUUUCGCAUUCGAUCGCGUGAACCUGGUUUCGCGGCAUCGUCAGCUGAUGCGAGGACAGCGCCAUCCGAAGUCGGCGAUCUCAACGGCAUCACACAAGAUAUUGAGACGUUGUUCACUGAACUCGACAGUGCAAAUGCCACCAUUUCAGCUGUACAGGAGGUCGCCCCCACCCUCUUCAACGAACAGUUCGACCCACUCAAGCGCAAGGUUGAAGAGCAGCUCAGUACUGUCACUGCUACAUUGGAGAAACAUGCCUGUGAUCUAUCAGACUUGGCGCAACAAGUAUCGAAGUCACCUUCACAACAGAACGGCUUCGGCCAAGCGCAACAAAGUCAGCUCAAUACAAUCUCGACAGAAGUUGCGUCGUUGAAGACGGGUUUAGCGACUCUGCGAUUGUCUUUGUCGACCAAGGCCGACUCUGAAUCGGUGAACAAAGAGCUGGAAACUUUCAAUUUCGCAAUGCGCAACAUGGAGAGCCGAUACGAAAACAUCAGCACCGACACCCUGUAUCAGGGCAUGGUCCGCUGGUUCACUCAAAUGUACCCGGGUCUGCCACAACUCCAGGACGAAAUCCACCAGCUGCACAGCUGGAUAGAGGGCCGCGCGAACCUUCUCGACCGCCUGAACCAGGACGCUACUCAACUGCAUGGUCUUGUGAACAUCGCUCCGCACUUGCACGAGAUUGCAAACAUCAGUCCGCAAUUGAAACAAGUGGUCACCGACGCUGCUCAACUCCAGUCGGCUAUUCAGGCUCAUGGCAAGAUGUCGACUGCGUUGACCAAAAUUGAUCAAGCUAGCUCUGACGCCAGCCUGGCAAUUUCCAAGGCUGAGGCAGCUAUGCGUGCAUCUGGCAAGGCCGAUCAAGCCAGCUCUGAUGCAAAAACCGCGAGUGACAAGGUCGAUCAAACUGAGCAGCGGCUGAGCGAGCAACUGAAGACGCUCGAGAACAUCAAGGGCUCAGUGUCUGGUUUACAAACUUCUUUGCGGAAUCUGAACUCGGCCACGUCUCCAUUCGUCAAAGCGGAGGCCCUUGGUGCCUUGCAGGUAACUGUCAAGGCACUGCAGACCCAAAUAGGUCAAGAGAAGCAAGAACGCUUGACCAGCACAGAAAAGCUUUGCACUACCAUCGACGCCGAUCAUGGCACACGCGUUGACGAGGAGACCAAGAUCAGAAAGUCUAUCCAAGACCUGGAGCAAACGAUUGAUGUGGACAAGGCCACUUUCGCAAAAGCCGAGGUACUUACUGCAUUGCAGGGUACACUGCGAGCCUUACAGUCUGAAGUCAGCAAUACUCAGGCAGAAAACUCUGCGGCUGUAGAAGGCUUACGUUCAGCAUUCGACAGUGAUUGCAGCAAGCGCGACACCGUGAAGGGCAAUAUCCAAAAGCCCAUCAAGGAGCUGGCUCAGACGCCUGCCAAGGCGCCCAACUCCGACAAUGUUCCCUUCGAAAACUUCAAGCGUGUCAUGGUGGACAAGUUUGCCUCUGAGAAGAAAGCACGCACAGAUUUCGAGGAGAACUUGAAAUCAUCUUUGGGCAUUGUUGAGGGAAAGAUCACAGCUCUAAGGCAGGACACAGUGCGGACAUCCAAUGAGGUGAAACGAGUCUCAAGCGACCACGAGACCACAAAGCAAGGGAUCUACGAUCAACUCGCCGACAUCAACACGGCGGCCGCUGAGUUGCGAGAAGUCUACGACAAGAUGGUCAGGACGUACAUUGAGCCGAACAGCGAGUUCUUCGGCUUGAUCGGUACAGCCUUCGUGGUCCUCUCGCAAGUCCAACAAGUGGUGGAAAGCCUCAACCAGAACCUGCCAGUCGCACCGCUGAAGCUAGAAUGGGACUACUACCUCCCAACACACGGUCAGCCCGAAACCAACGGCGCACCCAGCAAACCCAAAGGAAAGGGCAAGAGCAAGCAGUAAGCUGCUGUCUCUUCGCCCGAUCCAACGUACCCAAAGUUCGACGACAACAUUCUUUCCUAGGCCUUUUCCCUUGUUACCCUUUUUCACUAUGUUAUUUCCCCCGGCCCGAACAAAAGCCGCAUCAACCUGGCGUUUUUACCGGCGGAUACUGUGAGCGUUUUCAUGCAUGAUACCCCCCUUAGCCUCUUGCGGCUCUUUUUUUUUUUUU